GUGAAAUACUUCGUGAUUGACAGAAAAAAGGCGCUUAAUGAAACUCGCACACACGCUACAUUAGUAUUGUUAUAUUGACUUUGGGUUGUGCAUGCGAUGUUCUGUAACAAUAUUUGUGAAGGGAUGACUAGGAACAUUAAUAGAGUUCAUUGUAAUCCGGUGCGUAGCUCGUCCAGGUUGUAGCUUGAACAGUUGUAUUGUCGAUACAUCCGAUUCAUUUGCCCAUGUUAAGACAGAACUUCAGGGAUUGAUUAUGUUGGGAUGAAAGAGAAUGCUGUACAGGGGAUUCAUUGUGUUCCGUUUUCCGUGGGUUUUCAAUGUGCUAUGUGCUCCAUAGUUUAGCAAAUAUUGUUAACUGCUUAUUGUAGUAAUGUGCACGUUGGAAACUAUUUUUGUGAAAGAGUAGUGCAUCACCUUUCUGGAAGGAUAUGGGAAAUGUAAUCGACUGUGUAAGGCCUAAAGGGUAUGUGUAUUUGCCACUGCCAAAAUACGGCACAUCACAACUCCACAUAAGAUUGUCAUGGAUACUCUUAUUGGCUUACUAGGGCAAUCAUGGACUGCAAGGGAACUAAUUGGCUGAAAAAAGAGAAGAAUGAAGUGUAUGCUGAAUCAGGCUCGUUGUUUCUUGAAGAUCCACUAACGAUGCCUAGUGUUCGUAUAAAGCAUGACCCAGAACUGAAACAGGAUUUGGAUGGCACUGAACAUCAUUUUCUUGAAGAUGACUUGGGAACCUCUUGGCCAAAUGAUUUUAUCAAGAAGGAUCCUGAACUAAAUUUGGAGGUGGAUGAAACUGAGAAUACUGUGGCAGCCUCAAUAAGAAACACAUCUGAUAGCACAAGUUUCAUUCAAAGUGCUGGUGAGAGCUGUGACAUCUCAUUUCAAGAAAUAUUACAUCAAGGAGUAGUCAACGACGAGCUGGAGAUGGAUGCAGAGAAGUCGACAGAUUUCACUGUGUGCGAUAGCUAUACCAAAAUAUCGAUUUCACAAGAAGAUAGCUUAUUCAGCACGAGAUUUAGUCGUAGCAUUAGGGAAAAGGAUUUUCACAAGUUUAACUGUAAUUUCUGCCUAAAGAGCUUCCCUUCCAAAUACAGACUCAUAAUGCAUGUCUUCAACCACAUUGAUGGUGUGCAGGCACCUGCAUAUGUGUGUAAGUCAUGUGGUGAGGUAUUGCCCACUGAUGACUGCUUGAAAAAACAUUUGAGAAUCAGUGAGGGUGCUGCCGACAGUGAGAUACUUGACUGCAGUGAUGACCAUGAAAACAAUAUCUCCAUGGAGGGUGUACGAGAAGGAAGCAUGGAACAGACUGAGAACCAGUCUUCAUCCAAGGAAAGUAGGAAAACUUUCAAGAAAUGUAAUGCACAUAAUGUGACACAAGCUGCAGAAAAACCCGAAAGAUGCAAUGAUGAUGGAAUUUUAUCUACAAGUGAUAAUGUCCACAGCGUCCUAAGUGCAAAGAGGUGUCACAGUUGUGAUGUUUGUGCUAAAUUGUUUACUCUGUCAAGUGCUCUUAGGAGACAUAAAUUAAUACACACUGGUGAGAGAUCCCACAAAUGCGACGUUUGCGGCAAAUCUUUUACUCAUUUGAGUACUCUCAAGUCCCACUACAUAAUACACUCUGGUAAGAGACCUUAUAAAUGUAGCGUUUGUGGAAAAUGUUUUACUCAAUUGAGCAAUCUGAAGAAACAUGAAUUAAUACACAAUGGAAACAGACCUCAUAAAUGUGAUGUUUGCGGCAAAGCUUUCACUACACUGUACAAUCUCAAGACCCACUUAUUAAUACAUACUGGAAAGCUACCAUACAAAUGUAGUGUUUGUGGAAAAUCGUUUGUAAAUUCUAGUAAUCUGAAGGCACACGAAAUAAUACACACAGGAAAGAGACCCUACAAAUGUGAUACUUGUGGCAAAUCUUUUAAUGCAUUGUCCAAUCUCAAUCGCCAUGUCUCAAUACACAGUGGAGAGAGACCCCAUAAAUGUAGUGUUUGUGGAAAAUCGUUUAAUCAGCCGAGUAGUCUGAAGGCUCAUUAUUUAGUACACACUGGACAAAGAAUACACACAUGCAUUGGUUGUGACAAAUCUUUUUCAGAACUGGGUCAUGUAGAGGCACAAAGAUUAACAGACACAGGAAAGAGUGCCCACAAAUGUGAUACUAGUGGAAAGUGUUUUACUUAUUUGGGUAAUCUCAAGAAACACUCGAUACCACACACUGGCAAACGACCGCACAUGUGUAUUGUUUGUGGAAAAUCGUUUACUCGUUUGAGCUGUCUCAAGAGGCAUGAAUUAAUACACACUGGAGCGAGACUACACAAAUGCAAUGUUUGUGACAAAUCUUUUUUAUUACUGGAUCAUCUAAAGAGACACGCAUUAAUACACGCAGGGAAGAGUUCGCACAAAUGUGAUAAUUGUGGCAAAUGUUUUACUCUGCUACUGUUAAGAAAAAAAAGUUAGUACACACUGCCGAACGACCGUAUCAAUGGAGUGCUUGUGGAAGAUAAGUCAACCAUUCCAGUAAUUUCAAAACACAGGAAUUACUACACAAUAAAAAAGGCUACACAGUUAUAUAUGUGGGAAAUUACUUAGGUUGAUCGUUUUGGGAAGCAUUCUAUAGUACAUACUUUGUAGAAACCAUUCAAAGCAUUGUGGAGAUCUAUAGUGUUACACAUGUUGCAAGACCACACAUAUGUUAUGAAAAUUGUUCGCAUCUGCUAGAGAGAGGUCAUAAAAAGGACAAAUCUAUUUCUCCUCCUUAACGUUUGAAGAACAUUUAUACUAAAUACUACAUAUGAAUCACACAGUUGUGAUUUUUUUGUUCUGAUAAUGUCUUAAUGAACUGGCUACCAGAAAUUUGUGCAUUGAGAAAUAUCUUUCACUCGUUUGGGUAGAAGUUCCAAGUAGUAAUCAGGACCCCAUAUUCAUCAUGAGAAUGAAUCAAUUUGUUGCCAAUUUUUUGAAAGAUACUGCCAAGCAAGAUUCAUGAAGCUGUAUGCACCAGACAGGUGACAUCUAAGAUGUGCUUAUUACAUAUUCUUCACUCAGGCUAUUUAUCUGAAAAAUGGAGAAAGAUACAAAAAUCUCACGAUCUUGCAAACACUCUACUGAGGUAUGCUUCCUUAAUAGUUGCUAUUUGUGAAGUUAAUAAUCUGCACACAUGUUAACUGUUUUGUACUAGAAUGAGAUUUUCACUCUGCAGCGGAGUGUGUGCUGAUACGAAACUUCCUGGCAGAUUAAAACUGUGUGCCCGGCCGAGACUCGAACUCAGGACCUUUGCCUUUCGCGGGCAAGUGCUCCACCGUCUGAGCUACCGAAGCACGACUCACGCCCGGUACUCACAGCUUUACUUCUACCAGUAUCUUGUCUCCUACCUUCCAAACUUUGCAUAAACUCUCCUGCGUACCUACUUUCGUACUAGUUUCCCAUUAGGAAAUAACUGAUGUUGGUGAGUAUGCAGCGAUAAGCCAAAAAUUUUAAUCAUCUGCCUAGUAGCAUUUUGAUACACCUUCAGAAUGCAAUACAUCACUCCUGCAUGGUGUGGACUCAUUAGUUCUUUGUUAGUUUUCCAUUAGUACAUUGGACUACAUGUCGAAACAUAACUCACACAGUACCCAUAAGUUAUAGGCUGUUGGUCUGUUGCUGUGUAGACAGUGUACAAUAGCAUCCCAAAUGCGUUUCAUGAUGAUCUAAUGGGUUGAACUAGGUGGGCAAGACAAGUGUGAGCUAUCAUGCUGCUCAGACCAUUGUAGUGUGUUUCUGGCCCUGUGACUUGGACAGUUACCCUGCUGCAAGAUAAUGUCACUGUCAGGGAAGAUGUAAAGAGGUUGCAAUAAUGUUAGUAUUAUCCACAGCUGUCAUGAUGCUUUGAAUUAUGACCAGUUUUUCUUGGUAUCUCACAUGAAUAUCCCCCAUAGCAUGACAUUGCCUUCAUCUUCCUGCAUCUGUUGUAUGGUACAUGUUGUGAAUAACCACUCAUCUGGAUGAUGGCAUAUCUGGGCACAACCGUUGACCUGGUCGAACAAGAAAUGUCACUUAUCCCAACAUGUGACACAUCUUUCUAGAUAUGCAGUCCAAUCUCAAUUAUUGCAUUUCAACUGCUGCUGUAACUGACAAUGUUGUUAGAUCAACAUUAGAAUACAAAGCUGUUAUGUAACUUGGGGCCUCAUUCUCAACAAUGUCUGCUGAAUUGCUUGAGUCUCCUGUCUUCAUAGACUGACAUAGAUCCCACUUUACAGAGCAGCCAGACUCUGAUCUCCCAUUCUCUAGGUAAAGCACAAGCAUCCUACACCUUCUUGUCAAGUUGUGGUUUCACCAUCUUUCAACGAUGUUCCAUAGAGGCUCACAAUAGGAGCACAUGAGCAACCAACCAGAUUUGCUGUUAGUGAGAUGCUAUUACCCAGGUACUAGGAAAAACCAUCUGCUCUUUGGCAAAGUUAUUUGUCUGUUGUUUUUCACAUACUGUCGCUAGAAUGAUUACACAUUCAUCUCUGCUUGUACAGAUUCAUUACUAUGUGAUAUACCCACAAUGCCACUGCGCAGCAUACAGCGCUCCUAUGGAAGUGGAUAUAAUGAUUUGGAUCAAAAGUGUGUAUUACGCAAAAGGGUCAUUUGGUAAAUUGUGUAGUAAUUCAGAUUUUCAUGCUUUGUUAAAUUUUAUAUCAAUACACUACUGGCUGUUUGAGCUGUAUUUCUUGUGAAAUAUUUUUGUGUAGUACAAAGCUCUAUGCAUAAACUACUCUUCAUUAACUCAGAAUUAUGUACAAAGUCUUUUAAUUAUUUGUCUGUUUCUAAUUAUCAUGUAACUGCUGCACAAACAUAUGUGGGAAAUCUAUGUCAUCAUGUAGUGUCAGAUUAUAAUUCCAAUUGUAUAAAACACAAGGAGAAUUGAAACAGCUCAAAGUGUGACUACUAGAAUAUAAAUUUAAUCCAAAUGCAUAAUUUUUAUUGUAAAAAGUAAAUAUAGCAAAUGUGGUUUCUUUUUAAUUGCUUUGUUUUAAUUUUAUUUCUUUUUAGUUGUCUUCUUUCAUCUACUGUAAACAUGAUU